UUGCCAUAUUCACAGCUAUUUCGACUUGUGAAGGCACCUGACGAUGGUGUCUGUGACUCCAAUUUGUGGCGCAGUAGACCUCUUGCUCGGACAGAUGGUGUGCUCUCCAGCCGUCAUUCUUACAAUCGAAAAAGAAAGGCGAUCAAAGCGGAUACUUGCCUCCGGUAUCCCAGCGGGAGUAAUGACUUAUGCGGCGAUAGCUCAACAGCGGCAUCUCUCGGUAAUUUAGGGCCAAACGCUAAUUGGGAUCUACAAUCUUCCAGUCUUGACAAUGACUUGAGUGAUGACGUCAGUAGGAGGCAGUGUGCUGAGGAGUUCGAGUUUCGAUCAGGAAGGACAGCAUUUUGCCGAAUUUGUCAACUCCAUGUCAAAUCCACUUCAGACAAAUAUGUCACCUGCGACGUCCAAUAUACAGAUGCCCUAUUUGUGAUGUCUCUUCAACGUAUCACCUUUCGAACAUUCGAGUUCAUAUUAAGAAACUGUUUCGGAGAUCAUCAGAUUUUCCGGCGACAGGACCCAGAUGUGGUAGCUUGUCUAACUGAUAUGUUGAAUUGUGUCAGUAAUGGUUCAACAGCAUGCAUGACGAUGACAGAUUUUUGCUCUCGGAGCGAUGGCCAGGAAGAACGAGUUCCGCUUGCUGCGGCAGGUUCGAUUUUUAGUGAACCACCAGCAAUUUUGGCUCGAACGCACUCCCGAAACACGUGUCGGUUGUGUUUUGAGUCCAAUGUGAAGCAUCUGGAACGGCAUGUUUUACAGCAUCAUAUUAAACAGCCAAUGUUCUUGUGUCCCUGCUGUAAUUUUAGCAGCUGCUAUUCACCGACAUCGGUCAAAGACCAUAUUAAGACUCGCCAUAGUAUGUAUGAUCCCGUGCCUCUGGAUGUGAGGGAUGAGUACGCGGAGAUUAUCCAGACUGUUUAUAACCAGUGUUUUGUUGACGACAGCGCUGUGCUCGCCAGCAGGAUUGCUUUCAAACAGCAUCUUUUGCCUAUUGAAGACACCAUCGGUGACAUGAAGCGUAGGUUGCUAAAUUAUGGGAACUUACCGAAGGACUUGCUAGCGAAGAGAAAGUUAAAAAAGAAGUGUUGA